ACUUACUGAAACUACGACUACUCUACGAUACACUGCGAGGUAUUUACCGUACGGUACCGUACCAUAACGAGCAUGGCAGCAAAAACCAUUCAACUAUCACUUCGUGAUCACGAAAAGUACAAACGACCCGCAACAAACCUCAGCAUCAACAGAAAGACCRACACCCGAGACCAAAGCUGCUACUCGGUGCCACCCUUCCAGCGUACCACMCCUAGAACAAAAGCGCGCAAAGGAUACACCUUCAACCGUGAAAGAGUGAAGUUUGUUUUGCAGCCACGGAUUCUUUGUAGCUUGUUUUGUUUGUCGAUCCAUCCGAUUCGAUCCGAUCCGAUUCGAUUCGAUUCGAAUCCGUUCCAUUCAAAACAACAUGUCUCCUCCCACCAAGAAGGGGCGCGCAAAUGGGUUUGGUUUCGGCAUGGAUGCUCUGCUGACGGCCCAGGGCAAGGCGCUCAAGUCGGGGGAGGAAAUCAGGUUCGUCCUGGUGAAGGGCCCCUCCUCGUCUAAGACGCCCACGAAGGAUCCCACCCAUGCAAAGGCCCCCAUGGAAGCCUUUCCGCUCGUUGCCAAGUUCUCCGAGAGCGUCGUCUCGCCCGAUUUCGGUGGCUCGCCGUGGAACACCGCCCGGCUGUACCAGCGGGAGGUUCCCAAAGCGGAAGACGAUUCCGAUGACGAGGCCGCCUCGGGGCAACCGGGGGCGCAGGURAAAAGGAGGUGGAGGGCACGCAACCAAAAGGAAACGAGGUGGGAAUGGGUACUGCAAGAGAAGGAGGAGUUUAUCCAAGACAUAAAGAAGGCUCGACAGGAAGCCGCCGGAAAAGACGGGGGUGCCCCGAAGAAAGAAACUUCCUCUGUGUACGAGGGCAUGCCCGAGCGGAACGAAUCCCAGUUUAUUUUGCUAGAAGCCAACACCCAGAGAGACAACAACAUCCAGGUGACGGUCCUGCCRACGCCCCAUGCCACCAUUGCCUUUAGCCAACCAAAGGCAGUMAAAACGCUGAGCAUGAGCGAAGCCGAAGCAGCUAUAGACAACCAGCGAAGCAAGACCUCGAGGUUCAUGAUGCACGACCAGAAACGCAUCUUUGAGGGACAGGCACCAACCCAUCAGUCGCGGAACCGGUUGCUGGGAAAGCUCAUGGCAGCGAGAGAAGACGAUGCCGAUGUCGAUGUCGAUGUCAAAUCGGGAAAGAAAAGCUCGGGCUUGAAACGUAAACGUCUGCCGUAUGGCAGAGAGGACGGCGAAGACGAUGUCAUGGCCGACCUAGGCUUUCGCAACCGCAGUGGCAAGAGUUCUGCGAAGGCUCGGCRGGAACUGCUAUCUAGUUUUGGCGAUGGCAUGAGAGUCGAUGCCGACGGAGUGUUGGGUGGUGCCAACGACGCAAUAUUUGGUCAGCGGGGACAGAGAUUCGGAAGCUUCGUGGCCGGAAAAGAUGCCAGCAACGACAAAGGAUCGGCCGGCGGCGCCGGGUCCAGAAAGGCGGCCGGAAACGACGGGAAUGCCAUGGCGGACGACUUUUACCAAAGAGACGUCGCAGCGGAAUACGAAGAACUGGACUACGAUGCCAGCGAGCAGUUCGAUGAUGACGACGUUAAUGUGGGGGAGACGUCGGGGGUCACCGGCGAUUCGCACUUUGGUGGCUACGAAGAGGAGGAGGACGACAACCUCGAGGACGAUAYACAAGGCGAGCGUUCCACCGGUGCCGAGGGCUUGGCAUCGCUAGCGGGCUUGCAUCUCUUGAACAGGAAGACCAGGGGAGAUAUCACCGCCGAGCAGCUGGCAGAACAGGUCGACAAGAACAAGUGGCAGGUGGAAGAGGAAGCCAAGAGACUCGCCGAAAGCGACCGGAGGAWCAAGGACAGGAACUCGGGCAACGACCACUUGGCMAAAAUCAUGGAAGACGAAGAAAAGGUGCGCCUGGAAGCGGAGAGCAAGGCCGCCAGUGCGGCGGAAGCAGCGGCGGCCAGURCCACCAGCGGAUCAUCUGGAGAGAAUGGUGCGCGCGGAGACGUUAAGCAGCGCAAGACAUUGAAAUCGGUGGACGAGAACGGCCUGCGCAUUAUCUCCCUGGAGGCCGUGCGGCACGAAAUCUGGCUUACGGGCGGGAAAAUGGCCAUGAAGAAACUCUCAAAGGUUUUCCCCGUGAAAAAAAAGGACCGCCAGAAGAAAUUAAAGGACGUGAUUUUAGAGUUGUGCACUAUCGAGCACGAUCCUGUAGAGGGAUCAAUGGUGGUUUUGAAACAACAUUACACCAGGGGCGAUUGAUACCUAUCUAGUUCAGUUCUACUGGAUAGGAAWGAAUGUUGCAUCACAAGCACACGUGU